CACACAUGUCUCAUAAUCAGAUGGCAGGGUGACAGUCAGCGCCAGAGACGCAGAACUCGCUGUUGCUCAUUAAUAUCUGAGCUCAGGAAGAGCUUGAUGGAAUCGAGAGAGAGUUUCAGCACUUUAAACAUUAUCAAGAGCAACUCUGAAGCAAAUCAGGUUACCUGAAGUGCAAAGGGUGAAAUCAAGAAUGCUGAAGGCACAAUGGAUCCCCUAGUUCAUCUGAGCCCGCUGAGAGUCCGAAUCUCUGCUCUUCCGCACCCCACGUGCCCACCUCGUCCUUGGGCACCCGACCCUGCGCCUUUCACCUUCUCCUGGAGGAGUGAGUAGAGUUUUCACACCGACACACGGGAGAAAGGUGAACCCUUCCUGUGUAAAUAUGACUGGAUGGAGGUCUCAGUGGCGUCUGGUCCUGCUCAACUCGCUGACGUGUGGCCUGGAGAUCUGCGUGGCGGCUGGGAUCACCUACGUGCCCCCUCUGUUGCUGGAGGCUGGAGUGGAGGAACAGUACAUGACGAUGGUUUUAGGUAUUGGACCUGUCCUGGGACUUCUCUUCAUCCCCCUGAUUGGCUCAGCCAGUGACCACUGCAACAGCAGCUACGGCCGACGGCGACCCUUCAUAUGGCUGCUGUCAUUGGGAGUUCUCCUAGCCCUUUUUAUCAUACCACAUGCUGAUGUGUUGGCCGCCAACCUGAGCUGGGGCAGCAGUCGCCGCAACCAGGCUCUCCAGGUGGGCCUGCUCAUCCUAGGCGUGGGCCUAUUGGACUUCUGCGGACAGGUGUGCUUUACGCCAUUGGAGGCAUUACUCUCAGACCUCUACCGUGAACGGGAUGACUGCGGACAGGCUUUCGCUAUGUUCUCCUUCAUGGUAAGCCUUGGAGGUUGUGUAGGCUAUUUGCUGCCUGCCCUUGACUGGAGCGGAGGGCUUCUUUCCUUCUACCUGGGUGGUCAGGCCGAGUGCUUGUUCUCCCUCCUCAUCCUCAUCUUCAUGGUCAGCGUGUUAGUGACCAUGAAAGUGUCCGAGGAGCCCUUGUCCACUCUGGAACCAGGGCCGCCGGAGCCUAGACGGUGUUUUCCACACUCGUGUUGCUAUCUGUUUCAGUGUAAGCUACGGGCUCUGAAGUCCGGCCCGCUCAUGUGCCUGCUGAGGACUUGCUGGUCCAUGACACCGGCCAUUUAUCGCAGCUACUGCCACGUGCCACGUGUCAUGCAACAUCUGUGUUUGGCGCAGCUCUGCAGCUGGAUGGGUGUCAUGUCCUUCAUGCUGUUCUACACAGAUUUUGUCGGCGAGGGUUUGUACAAAGGAGUUCCCAGCGCCGCUCCGGGUACCGCUCUCAGGCAGCGCUAUGAUGAAGGUAUCCGUAUGGGCAGCCUGGGCCUGUUCCUGCAGUGUGCUACCUCAACCUUCUUCUCGCUGGUCAUGAGCAGACUAGUGCAUCUCUUUGGGUCCAGGGCGGUCUAUUUGAGCAGCAUGGUGUGCUUCACCAUCUCAGCUCUGGUCAUCUGCUUGUCUAAGAGCGUUUUAUUGGUCACAGCUAUGUCUGCCCUAACUGGCUUUGCCUAUGCCACACUGCAGACACUGCCUUACACGCUCACCUGUCACUACCACAAAGAAAAAGAGGUGUACAUGCAAAACAGCAAAAAACAAAAAACGCACACAAAUGGAUUCACCAUCACAAGGGAUUCUGUUUGUCUGACACUGGACAGCGGCCCUGGAGAUCUCAACCACAAGAGUGGCAUUUCCAAUGGGCAUGUUCCUCACAAUAGAGAUGAACCAGGCUACUACCCAUCUCUCUGUCAGAACGGUGCCCACCUUGGUCUGGAGUCAGAGGAUUUUGAGAAACGUGGGGUGGGACUAGACUUUGCCAUUCUGGACAGCACCUUCCUUCUGUCUCAGGUGUUCCCUACCCUCUUCAUGGGUAUGAUCGUCCAGUUCACAGAGUCAGUCACCAUGUACAUUGCCUCCUCUGCCAUCUUUGGUGCCAUUGGCAUCUAUUUCGCCACCCACAUCAUCUUUGACCAAAAGGACCUGAGAAGCUGAAAGCAGCAGUAAUCAUGUGAGUCAUUUCACAGUCAACCUUUUACU